AUGGCAUCAGAAAAGACCACAAAAAAAGAUCUGCUAAAGACUGAGGAACAGCAGCAAGCGAGCGCUGUCAAUCGGGUAACCAGCUUGCCCUUGCUCAACUCUGCAUUCAACCUGGUCUCAUCUGCCUACAACUAUACCAAGGAGACGCAUCCUUACCUCAGUGGUGUCUGCAAUGUGGCUGAGACUGUGGCUGCAGUUGCAGUAGGUAGCGUGGUUGGUGGGGCUCAGCCCAUCCUGAACCAACUGGAGCCACAAAUUGCACUUGUAAAUGAAUAUGCCUGUAAAGGACUGGAUCAGCUGGAGGAGAACUUGCCUUUUCUUCAACAGCCAGCAGACAAGGUUAUCUCAGACACCAAGCAGCUGGUGUCCACCAAAGUGAUAUCUGCUAUGGAUGCUGCCUGUGAGGCAAAAGAAGCAAUGGCUGAUAAAGUGACCGAAGCUGUGGACCUAACUAAAAAUGUUGUCGGGGACAGUGUCAAGCUGACUAGGUCAGUGGUCACCUCCACUGUUAACAGUGCUGUGGAGGCUGCUCAGGGUGCCAAGGACCUUGUGACGAACAAGGUGACCGAAGCAGUAGACCUCACUAAACACAUGGUGGAGGACAGUGUUGAACUGACCAAGUCUGCAGUUGCUUCUACUAUUGUCAAUGCUGUGGAGGCUGCCCAAGGUGCCAAGGACCUCGUGACAAACAAGGUGACCGAAGCAGUGGACCUCAGUAAGCACAUUGUGGAGGACAGCGUUGGACUGACCAAGUCUGCAGUUGCUUCUACUAUUGUCAAUGCUGUGGAGGCUGCUCAGGGUGCCAAGGACCUCAUGACGAACAAGGUGACAGAGGCGGUGGAUCUCACUAAGCACAUUGUGGAGGACAGCGUUGGACUGACCAAGUCUGCAGUCGCUUCUACUAUUACUGCUGCUGUAGGGGCUGCCCAGGGUGCAAAGGAUCUUGUGACCAACACAGUGACUGAAGCAGUGGACCUAACCAAAGGAGCUGUUCAGGAUGGUGUUGAGAAGACCAAAUCAGUGGUCACUUCUACAGUCAACACAGCUCUGGAUGCUGCAUAUGGCACCAUAGCUACCAAAAUAAAUACAGCCUUGGAGCAGAGCAGAGAGGCUAUCCAGGGGGGUGUGGAGAUGACUAAUUCAGUGGUGACCAACAGCAUAAGCAAAGCCAAGGCAGUGAGCCAAGCAGUGGCAGGUGGUGUGGAAUCUGUCUUGGGUAUAUCAGAAGAUCUGGUGGAUCACUACCUCCCGAUAACAGAGGAGGAACUAGGUGAGAAAAUACUUCGCUGGCAGUUGUAA